CGCCGCCGCUCCCGAGCCGCGCCCGGCGCCGCCGCCGCCGCCACCGCCAUGGUCUCCUGGAUCAUCUCCCGCCUCGUGGUGCUCAUCUUCGGCACCCUCUACCCCGCGUACUCGUCCUACAAGGCCGUGAAGACGAAAAACGUGAAGGAAUAUGUGAAGUGGAUGAUGUACUGGAUCGUGUUUGCCUUUUUCACCACUGCAGAAACACUCACAGACAUUGUUCUCUCUUGGUUUCCCUUUUAUUUCGAGCUGAAAAUCGCAUUUGUGAUUUGGCUGCUCUCCCCUUACACCAAGGGCUCCAGUGUCCUCUACAGGAAGUUUGUGCACCCAACGCUCUCCAAUAAGGAGAAGGAGAUUGAUGAAUACAUUACUCAGGCUUGUGACAAGAGCUAUGAAACCAUGAUGCGAGUUGGCAAGAGAGGGUUAAACCUUGCUGCCAACGCAGCAGUUACUGCAGCUGCAAAGGGCCAGGGAGUUCUGUCUGAGAAGCUCCGAAGUUUCAGCAUGCAGGACCUCACUCUGAUCCGGGAUGAGGACGCCGUGCACAUGCGAAGCCGCGAUCCACAGCUGCAUUCUUCUGGUGGGAGUCUGCUGGAAACCAUCGAGGACUCAGCUUCCUGUUACUCCUCAGGAGAGGAGAGCAGUGUGACACAUAGGUCUAAUGGAACCCCAUCAGAUCCUAGAACAGACCCAUCAGAUGAAGAUGCAGGAGACAAGCUUCCUAAACGUACCCAGAGUCUCAAAGCUCCUAAAAAGGUGACGAAAACUGAGCUUCCAGUAAGGAGUGUAAAAGCCCGGCCCAAGAAGAAAGCUGCUGGCUCUCUUGCCUCUGGCGAGUCAUCCUAAGGCGACCUCCCCCUCCCCAGCACCUGUCUCUGUCCCGGGAUUUUCUCUUUUGAGGGGAAACUCUCCAAAGGAAGGGAGCUGAGAUUCUUGUACAUAACAGAUACUGCUUUGUAGAGCUCAUUCCAAGGCAAGGGGGAGGCUGGGAUUCAGAAAAUGGAGUAGAGGAUACACAUCCUCAGGAAUUUUCUCCUUUUCCAUCCCUCUGUUGGAUGGAAUGCUGAUAUGUCUGUACAUAGCCAGUUGCUUUGGAAUUCCCACUGUAUAACCCUAGUUGAGAAUCUUUGCUGCAAGAACUGACUAGGGUUUGAGACAUCCAUUGCACAGAAACUGGAAAAAUACUAGACACUGGAGUUCCACAGGGGUGAGUGGCUCCCAAAAAUGUCUUAUCUUGCUCUGGGUAUCCUUCUGCAGCUGUGUGUUGUUAAGAAGUGCCCACCAUGAGUCAUAUUCCGUAAGAAUGGACCGUACCUGACAUGUCCAUCCCCUCUGAGAAGGUGACUGAAAUGAUGUAUGCUGGGUGCUUUUGACCAUAAAGGACUAGCUCAUGGGAGGAAAAUGCUAGAUUCCCAUUACUCGUCCUGGAAGAUGAAGAGAUUGGGUUUUAUUUUAUUUUUUCUGGAAGGUGAAGGGAGAUAAUUGAAAAACUGAGUAAUGAAGAAAAUGUGCUGUUACCAUGCACAUUGUACGGUGGAGCAGAUACAGGUAUCUCUUAAGAGUUAACUGUUGAGAAGGAAAGUUUGGCAUCUGUAAGAUUUUGGCUCUUUUUGAAGCUGCUUGAAUUUUAUUUCAGGUUCUGGUGCCCACUUUGAUUCCUGUGGGAGCAUCAGAAUGAGGCGAGUCCCGUGCAGUUCCAUGGCAGGGGUACUUGCUUUGCCAUUUAGAGGUUGAACUCCAUGUCAUCCUGAUUUUGUUACUGCAGACAAAUUCUUUUAUUCUACCAGAUGACUGGGGAAAGUCUGUGGGCAUACUUGAGAAUUUCAGAAGCCCUUACCUCUCAGCUGUAGGAGAUUCAAUCCUCAGGGCACGAGAACUGAUAAACAAACAGUUGAUGUAUGAAUUUUGCUAACUCCAGGAUUUCAUGUAUGGGGGAUAAAAAGCAGGGAGUAGGGCACAAUGCUGUGAUUAAUCAGUCCUCUUGCUUGAUCCCACUGCAGCCCUUGCACACAUUUUCUGUCAGACCAUGUGCCAUGUUUAUCAGUGUCCUGAGACUUGAGCAAUAUAUAACACUUGGGGCAGAAAACUACACUGAAUGUAGAAUAUGUAUUGUGGGAGUGAAAUUGCAGUGCUGCAGAGAAAAUUCACAUCAUGCCAAGCCAUACUAAUCUCUUGAACAUUGUUGAGGGGAGAUCCCCUGCACACUUGCCAACUGAGUCAGUCGGAAUUUAUGAGAUGAGUAAGGUUCCUGUUGCUGAGAUCUGUAAUUACAGAUGUGGUUGUCUGAAUGCAAACUUGAUGGUCUUAAUUUUUACUGAAACUAGUUAUCAAAGGAGCCUGGCUCUUACUUCCCUACUGAAGACCAUUCCCAGCUCUAGGUGCAGGUGUUUGUCUGCCCACAUCUUUUGCUGUCCCAUUUCUGAAAUUACAGUGAAUUCACAGAGCCCAAGUAUUUUGCUGUUGGCAAGGUAUAGAAGCACUUCUGCAACUAAAGUUCCACAAGUAUUUCUGUCCUAGAGAAUAGCCCUUCAAAAGUUUAUAAAGUUGAAGAUCAGGAUUGAAUUUAUUUCUUGUUUCCCAUUGUCUUGGUGGCAGAUUGUUUGCUGUUGAAUUAACCAGUUAUUUUAGGAAACGAAGGAAGUUGGUUUUACUUUUAUUUACAGCUUUUAAAAGUUGAAAUUUUGACAGACCAUAUCAGAAACUUGCAUCUUGUCAGAAAUAUUUGUCCCAAGUUAUCCACAAGGCCUUAUCCAGAAGCCAGUAGAAAAUCCUUGAUUUGGCUUUGAGUUUUGAGUUUCACAAAAAAAAAAA